CUGACACUUAAACCUGCUUUGUUAGAUUAAAUGUGGGGCGUGCAUGUGUGUGGUUGAUGUCGCAGGGAGAAUUUAUGGCUCUUCCCGUAUCUGGUUAUUAGUAAGCUCAUCUGCAAAGCAGGAACAAUCUCAGGCAAAGCUGUUAGUUGUGUGUGCGGGCUGGGGAACUGGCAGGUUUCUCCCUAUGUGUCAUUGGCGAAUCAGCCCUAGAAAUGAGUUUGCUGCUUGAGAGUUUCUGUUUCAGAGGCUGUCCCCAAAAGGGGCGCAGGAGAGCAAAAGAUGGGGUUUCUAGGUGGCAUUACAUGGGCUCAGAAUUAAUCCACAUGCUUUGGAGGAAACAUGUGAGAGGGUGUCAGAAAACUUUCCCACAACUUGAUAUAAAAGACUCGGAGCUCAACAGCUGCUGUUCUGUACAAAAGAAGUGAGCCUAUUCAAGGGCAGUACAAUGGGGGAGGAAAAGCAGAUCUUGGAAGAGGUCACUUAAGCCUUACCUGGUUUUAAGAAUAACUGAAUUAGAGAGUGAUGGCUAAGUGCAUGCGUGUGUAUUCACUUUCAUAUACAUUACACACAGUUUUAUACCACAUUCCAUGGCAGGAUCCCCAAACUUUUAACAAAUAUAAACUGAGCCUUAUAAGACUAGUGAGAGAAGGGAAUAUUAUAAUCCCCUUGUCACAGAUAGGAACACUGAAGCACAGAGAAGUGAAGUGACCUGAUUAAGUUCACACAGUGAAUCUGGAACAAAUUUGGGAACAGAACCCUGUGCUUCAGCAGCCUGGCUCCAUGCUUUAACUCUACCCUUGUAAUGUAACUAAUUGGAAUGGAAGACACGUACUGUUUUUUAUCAGGCUGACUCCAUGCAAUUCUAAACAUACAGAUGGUGCAGAAAUCAAUCUGCUUCCAUUUGAUACUCAGCUUAUCUUUGUGUAAGUUAAUUUAAUGCUCAGAAAAGUGAGCAAGGACUCCUUGCUAGUCAAGCAGGCAGAAUGUAGUCAGGCGUAGUACAAUUUAUUAUUAUUUAUUAUUGUAUUUUAUUUAUUUAUUUAUUUAUUUUAUUUGGAAACACGCAGCUCUAAGAAUACAUCUUAAUAUCCUAAAGAGCAGCAUUUGUUGCUAAUGUAUCUCUAGAGCAGAGACUGCUAGGAAGAUAAAUUCUAGUAUGGAUUGUAGCCUAGAGAAGGAGAAUGGGAAUCAGGACUCCUGGCUUCUAUUUCUAGUUGUGUUUCUGACUUGCUGCAUGACUUUGCUCUGUGCCUCAGUUUCCCCAUUGGUAAAAUGGGGAUAAUCACACUAAAACCUAAAUUAAUGUUCAUUAUAUGUUUUGAGAUUCUUAGAUGAAGGUAAUGCAUAAAUGCAGAAGUAUUACAUAUAUUCAGCACCCACUAAGAUUUCCCCCUUUUACCUCUGGAUUUUUUCUCAUAUUUAAGAACAGAUAAAGUAUUAUUGUGACUAUUUUUCCCAUAUGGGGAAGUUGAGAUGAUCAGAAGUGAAGUGCCUAAGAUCACUCAGGACAUCUGAGAACAGAACUCAAAUCUCCUUCCUCCCAGUCCUCUGCUUAACCACAAGACUGUCCAAAUAACAACACUCUGUAUAGAUGUGUGUACCCACAAUGAAGUGCAUUGCUUAUCCUGAGCCAGACCAUGGAGUACACGCUCUGUUUUGAGUCAGGCAACACUUGCAUUGAUGUCAACUGAGGAGGAACUUCAGAAUCUGGCUCAUUGUUAUUAAAACAAACCCACAGAAAACAACAACCCUUGUUUUAAAUUAGCAAAAUAAAGUCUAUAGUUUAUUUUCAGCAACUAGUGAACCCAGCGAUCUCCGAGCAAGUGUGCUGCUUGCCUUCAUCAGUGUGUCUGUGUGUGUGUGUGCGCGCCCAAAGUGUGUGCCUGGGUGUGUAGGUUUUCAAAAAAGAUACAAUCCCAUGUUUUCCUCUGCACAGAUUAGCUUCUUUCCCGCCAUCGGCAACUGGCCCCCACAUUCACCAUUGUAUGUGAACUGAAUAUUGUGUGUGCCCGGAAAGCUAUUGAUCUGCAGCAUCAGUCAGCAGCCUUUUCUCACUGAGGGCCAGCUCUUUCCCAGCUUCUAACAUGUAAUUUGGAUCCCAGUCUUUCACGUACCACACACUCCCCACCUGCUCAUCUGGGAGAAGGUCAUUAUCCCCCAGCUAUUCACUGGCGAUGGAGCAUGCCAGAAUAGAUGCUUCUUCUAUUGUCCUGCUUAUCUCUGAUUGGCUCUGGAGUGUGGGAAACUCAACCAAGUCAGAGACCCACAGAUUCUCAACAAGGUUGUGCAGUAUAAAUAUAGGGCAGAGUCAGCUUCCAGCAGCACAAUUCCACAGGACUUCAGCACAACUGAGAUCUGCCUCCUUAGCUCAGGACAGAUGGCCCCCAGCACUGUCUUUAUGGAGCACAACAACCUGCUGACACCAAAAGAGAAAAACAAACUGAGAAAGCCGGUGGUGGAGAAAAUGCGCCGGGACCGGAUUAACAGCAGCAUUGAGCAGCUGAAACUCCUGCUGGAGAAGGAGUUCCAGAGACAUCAGCCCAACUCCAAGCUGGAGAAAGCCGACAUCCUGGAGAUGACUGUCAGCUACCUGAAACAGCAGAGCCAGUUGCAGAUAAAGACUGCAGGAUCCAUCAAUAAAAACUCUCAGUUUGACUUCAAGGAAGGCUACUCCCGGUGCCUGCAGGAGGCUUUUCAUUUCCUGUCUCUCCAUAAAGUUCAAACAGAAACACAGAGCAAGCUCUUGAAUCACUUCCAGAAGAGCCAGUUGGCUGCACCAGAGGUCAUCUGCUCCCCUUCCACCCAGAACACCCCAAAGCAAGCAUCCCUGAAGAACGUCAAUGCUCUCUGGAGACCCUGGUAGACUGCGGGAGGAGGGGGGCAGGAAACACUUGCUCUAUGGACCUUUGUCUUUUAUAUUCCAGAGGACGGGUGUGACUGCAUCUGAUAGUCAUACCCUGAUCCUCUCUAUGUAGGGAAUAUUAUUUCCCAUUUUAUUUAUGUGUGGAAAGAAUGGGAUACUUUUGAUUCUUCAGUUUCAUGUGGGGUCCUCUGGAAAAGAUUCAGGUAUUCUGUUGAGUGGUAUUUAAGCUGUGCAGACACUGGUGAUAGUAAUGUACACCAGGGCACCCAGUCUAGGGGCGCGUGUCUUCAUAAUGAAGGAGGUUUUUGUAGGUGGCUAAAUGUUAUCAGUGUUACAGUUGUGUUAAGAUUGUAACAGAUAGCAGUCUCUGUAGGAGAGAAUUCUCUAAUUUUGCUUGUAAAAGCUGUCCGCUUUGCUCCCGCUUUCCUAGCAAACUUUGCUCACUCUUAAUUUAGGACGAAUUUAGUACCUCACUGUUGGUAGACUGUUUUACAAGUUCUGUUGCUCUCUGUUUGCUUGCAGCGCUUGCAUAGCAGCAAAGAUAGAUUCCUAGCUUCUGUUCACCCAUCACACUUUAGGGCUAGCAAGAGGUCACUAGAUAAAACUAUGUGGAAUAUUUCUACCAUUUUGCUGCUUUUUCUGUUUAGGAAAAUAAUAUUUUAAUGCUUUAUAUUAAAGAAAAAAGAAGGUAGAUGUAAGGUUUGGUGGUUCAAUGUUAUACAUUUUGGCUGUCAGGCUAGCUCUUUCCAGUAUGUUCAUUAUUAUAAUGAUUGUUCUCUGUACUGAGCAGUUUCAUUCAUUGUGGAUGGUGAGUUUCUCCCAUGUUUGGGAAUGGCCCUGGUGGGCUCUGUGCAUACCAUGUAUGCAUCUGUAUCACAUGAUUGUAGAGAGAAAUAAAAAUGCAUUUGUGUACAACUGCUGGCUAGGUUUCCUUCUUGUCAGCUAUGUGCAGCUGCAUGGGCCAUUGAAACACUCUUUGCUAAUUUAACACCACCACAGUAAUUGCAAGAGGAGACUUUUCAAACCAAAGGAGUUCGUGUUCCUACCUAUCCUAGGCACUGACGUGGCCCCCAUCAGUGAGAUAGCGGAGCACCUGACUGCCUGUAACACAUUGAUCUGCACAACACCCCUGGGAGGUGGGGCAGUACU